GAAAGCGACCGGGAACACUCGGUGGUCUGGAUCGUCUGCCCUCAGCUCAGUUUUGGACACUCUGAAGAGUCACAACUACUUGGUCCAAAUGGCGCCGUUAGCCUUGGGUCUGUUUUGUCUGCUGUGCUGUGGAUCGCUUUGUGUUUCUGGGAUGAAGAGGGAGUAUUUCCUCAGGAUCGAGGAAGUUGAGUGGAACUAUGCGCCGACUGGAAUGAACCUCAUACACAACCGCUCGCUCCAGGAGGAUGAAGAAGCUGCGGUCUUUCUUAAAAAAGGCCCCCAGCGAAUCGGCCCCACCUACAAGAAGGCGGUGUACAAGCAGUACAGCGACGUCGCGUACAGGACCGAGGUGAAGAAACAAGACUGGCUGGGAUAUCUGGGGCCCCUGCUGAUGGCGGAGCAGGGGGACACGGUGGUUGUCCACCUUAAGAACGCCGCAUCGAGACCGUACAGCAUCCACCCACACGGACUGAACUACAGCAAGGGCAGCGAAGGAGCGUUGUACCCAGAUGCUACCUCACCGGACCUGAAGCGAGACGACUCGGUGGCUCCUGGUGCAGCAGUCACGUAUGAGUGGUCUCUGCCGCAGUCCCACAGCCCCACAGUCACUGAAAGCAACUGCCUGACCAGAUUCUACCACUCCCAUGUCGCCACGCCAAAAGAUAUCAACUCAGGACUGAUCGGGCCCCUCAUCGUCUGUAAGACAGGAACCCUGGACGUGCACGGGGACAGUGCGGCGGACUACGUUUACGCUCUCAUGUUCCUGGUGUCGGAUGAGAACUUCAGCUGGUACCUGGAUGAAAACAUCAGGACGCAUAUCACAAACCCUGCUAGAGGUCUGAAAGAGGAUGAAGACUUCAUUGAGAGUAACAAGAUGCACGGUAUCAACGGAUUCCUGUACGGCAAUCUUCCUGGACUGACUAUGUGCCAAGGGAACAAAAUCCACUGGCAUAUGUUUGGCUUAGGCAAUGAGGUGGACAUGCAUUCAGUUCAUUUCCACGGCCAGAUCCUCUCCAGCGAAAAUCACCACACGGACACAGUUAGUCUUUUCCCGGGCUCCAGCACCACAGCCGAGAUGGUAGCAGACAAUCCCGGACACUGGCUGCUGACCUGCACUGUUAACGACCAUUUAACGGGUGGUAUGCAGGCUAUGUUUGAGGUCAGGAAAUGUUUCCCCAAUGUUCAUAAACCUCGUCCGUACGGCGAGCUCAGACAAUUCUUCAUUGCUGCAGAAGAAGAAGUCUGGGACUACGCUCCGACACUUCCCACUGACGGUGAAGCGGACAUGUUCGUGACCAAAGGUCGCGAUCGUAUCGGAAGUCGCUACAAGAAGGUUCGCUACGUGGAAUACACUGACGGCAGCUUUCUAACACAGAUGCUACGCAGCCCAGAAGAGAUACACCUCGGAAUUCUGGGUCCCGUGAUGCGAGCUGAAGAGAAAGACACCAUCAAGGUGGUGUUUAAGAACAAGGCCAGUCGGCCUUACUCAAUACAGGCUCACGGUGUCCAGUACUCUAUUGAGCAGGAUGGGACGCUCUAUCACAAUGAGCUCGAAGAGUCCUACUCCGCAAAAAAACUCAGGGAAUUAAAAGGAGAACGACGAACAGUGACUCCUCCUCCAGCUGCUCUGGUAGCACCAGGGAAGACGCACACCUACGAGUGGUUGGUGCCUGUUGGUGCCGGGCCUGUGCAGAGGGAGGCGGACUGUCUGACCUACCUGUACUACUCCGGAGUAGACCCUGUCAAAGACACCAGCUCCGGGCUAGUUGGACCAAUGCUUGUCUGUCGACCCGGAUCGCUCAAGAAAGGAACACAGAAAAACUAUAAUAAAGAGUUCCACCUGCUGGCUACGGUGUUCGAUGAAAACCUGAGCUGGUAUCUAGAUGAUAACAUCCGGGCCUUCACCACGGCUCCCGCUACGGUUAACAAGGAGGAUGAGGGCUUUAUUGACAGCAACAAAAUGCACGCCAUCAAUGGAUUUGUAUACGGGAACCUGAAAGGCCUUACCAUGUGUAAGGGGGACAAAGUUACGUGGCACCUGUCGGGACUGGGCUCAGAGACGGACAUCAACAGCUUUUACUUCCAGGGAAACCGCUUCAUCUUCCGCCAAAACAGAAUGGACACCAUUUCUGUUUUCCCACACAUCUCCCACACGGUGACCAUGGAGCCAGACAGCAUGGGUCAAUUUGAAGUGUCGUCUCCGACGGUUAACCAUUACCGAGGAGGAAUGCGAGCCAAUUACACGGUGCAGAAGUGCAGCUUCUUCCAGCGACAGGGUGAGACCAUGCUCCAUUCUAAGACCUACUACAUCGCUGCCAUGGAGGUGGACUGGGACUACUCUCCCAACCGUACUUGGGAGGCUGAGAUGUUCCGAGGUCAGCAAAGUCCGGCCACUGUUUUCCUGGACCAGCAAGGCGGCUUCAUCGGCUCGCGCUACAAGAAGGUGGUCUACCGCCAGUUCACCAACGACAAGUUCGCCAAGCAGGUGGAGAGAGGCGCGGACAUGGAACACCUCGGCGUCAUGGGUCCGAUGAUCCACGCUGACGUGGGAGACAAAGUGAAAGUGGUUUUCAAGAACAUGGCCUCCAGACCGUACUCCAUCCACGCCCACGGAGUCAAGACAGAAAGCCCCAAUGUUUACCACACCAAACCAGGUGGGACUCACAUCUAUGAGUGGUAUGUUACUAAGACUACAGGACCUACCACUGAGCAGGAGGAGUGCUCCGUGUCAGCAUACUACUCCACGGUGGAUGUUGCCAAGGAUCUGUACAGUGGUCUAAUUGGUCCCUUGGUCAUCUGUCGCCGUAGCUGGGCCAGCACAUGUGUUAAACGCAAGGCCCCCAGGGCAUACGUGGCCCGCCAUGUCAUUUUAUGUGGCCCACAAGAGCUUGCAAGGACUUUGGGCCUGAAGAAGGAAAUUGAAGAGUUUGCGCUGCUGUUCCUGGUCUUUGAUGAGAAUGAAAGCUGGUAUUUGGAUGACAACAUCAGGACUCACAUCAGGAACCCACGACAGAACUUGAAGGAUGACGAAACCUUUAUAGAAAGCAACAAAAUGCAUGCCAUUAAUGGUUUGGUAUAUGCCAACCUCAACGGCUUGAACAUGGAGGUCGGCGAUAAGGUCUACUGGUACCUGAUGGGGAUGGGCAACGAGGUGGACAUACAUGGUGUACACUGGCAUGGUCAUAGUGUGGAAUAUAAGCUGGGCGGAGGCCCGCAUACUACUGAUGUCUUCCAGCUUUUCCCAGCCACCUUCCAGACGGUAAAAAUGCGGCCGCAGUACCCGGGCACUUGGAUGCUGCACUGUCACGUGACCGACCACAUCAAGGCCGGCACGGUGGCCACGUACACCGUGAGACAAAAAGCGGCGAGGAGUAAGUUCCAUGGUUGAGUAUUUGAAGAAAAAGGAUCAACCUGGACCAAGACAUGUUUUAUUUCUGUUUAUUAGAAUGUGUAUCUGACUUGGAACACUGGUGAUAACAGUCAUUCGGCAGCAGGGGGCACUCUGACUACAACUAUAAAGAAUCACCUGGAAGUAUCUCAAGUCUAAAGAUUUUUUAAAUGAAUCAAUAGGCUAUUUUUUUUUCCCUUACCAAAUAAAGUUAAUUUGAAAUAUUAUUUUUACUUCUGCAA